GUUCAUGGGCCUGGUGCUGAUAUUGAUACCUUAUGUGUUGGACCAAAACAUGCCAGUCGAAAUGUAGGCAAUAACUUUGUGAUUUGUCACAUACAGGAAGACUUCUUUGGUGAACUUUACAGAAUGCUCUCCGAGAUGCCUGAAGUACAAGAACUGCACCCGGUGCCAGAGGCUCAUGUUCCUGUGAUGAAGUUCAAGUUCAAUGGUGUUUCUAUAGAUCUACGUUAUGCAAAUGUGUCGCUAUGGGUUAUUCCCGAAGACUUGGAUAUUUCUCAAGAAUCGAUUCUGCAAUAUGUGGAUGAUCAAACUGUUCGCAGUCUCAAUGGUUGUAGAGUGACUGACCAAAUAUUGCGGCUCGUCCCAAAUAUUGAGGCCUACUUUCAAAACGACACUUCGAUGUAUGAGGCUAUGGGCAAAGCGACGUGGGGUUUAUUCAAA